AAAAAUGGCGUACGUUCUAUUGUCAAAAAUCAUGUCAAACUAAAUGUCAAUUACACACGGAAUUCACGGCACAGUCGACGGUGUUCAAUUCGGUGUCAAGUGAUAUUUAUAUUCCGAUUUUGUCUAGAUAAAAUCCAUUUUUCGUGACUUUAUAAUAUCUCAUCAGCACCUUUGAUCUCCUCGAAAAUCUAUUUUCCGCGGAAACUUGACGGUGUUUUGUGUUUUAAUCGAAAGCGAAACUCUUUUUAUCAUAAAUGGAUUCGGAAGAAGCCGGUGGUAAACGAGCGCGGGGCCGUGGACGUGGUGCCAGAGCGCGAGGUAGGGGCCGCGGCCGUGGUCGUGGCAGAGGUAAGAAAACCUCAAGAAUUAUAUCGUCGGAUGAAGAAGUUUCACAAGAUCCGGUUGAUCCGGAACGUGCUUCGAUAUCCGAGGAAGCGGAGCAACCAACCCAAGCGGCCGAGACUGCCGCCACGACAGUGGUUGAUGAUCCAAUGGCGAAUAAAGAAAAUCAAAUGGAUACCACGCCAACGCCCGAUGAAGCAGCAACUGGAUUAUUGGGAGCAGCUACAAUUGACAUGGAAGCAGACAUUUCUCAACUUGAGGCGCCAACAUUCACAACAAUUUCUCGAGGGCCACCCGAGCCUAUGCUCCGGCUGAAAUGGGACCACAAAGUCUCCCUGAUUGGUGAAAAGGUCCUGAAUCCAAUGAUACAUUGUUGCGAUCAGUGUGAUAAACCGAUUUUGGUGUAUGGUCGAAUGAUUCCGUGCAAACAUAUAUUUUGUUUGAAGUGCGCCCGUACAGAGCCCAUUAAGAAUUGUCCCCGUUGUAAGGAGAAAGUGAUGCGUGUGGAACAAUCGGGUCUCGGUACUGUUUUUAUGUGCACACAUGGCGGGAGUCGCUAUGGGAACACAGGAUGCAGAAGGACGUAUUUGUCACAGAGAGAUUUACAAGCGCAUAUUAAUCACCGUCAUAUAACACAGCCGACUAUUAAUCCAGAAAUAAAACCUGUUCAACUUGUAGAUAUGAAGGCAAUGAAUGCGCCACAGAGAAAAUCGGUGACGGAAGUUUCUUCAUCAUCAUCAAUUCCACCUCUAUCACAAGCUUCAUUGCCAACCUCGAUACCAUCCUCACGAUCCCAACAGCAGCAAUCGAGAUCGUCAUCGUCUAUACUUUCCCAAACGUCCGCCACAGCGAUUGCUGCAUCGCCCCAAUCAUACGGAUCGAAUAUAUCUGUGGUACCAUCAUCACUUUCAAUUCGUACUAACUUAAUAAACGUACCAAUUCAAGAGGCCCAACAACAAGUCAUGUCCAAAAUCAAUGUACCACAAUCCAUACCUGUGCAGGGAGGACCAACUUCAAUAAGCUCAAUUAUGCAUUCACAUCACAGUAGCGAAGUUCUGGGAGCCGCUGCUAGCUUCUAUAAUCCUACAAUGGGCUCGAGUGGAACCUACAGCGCACCGGGAAACUUACAAACGAUAAUGACGCAAAAUUACAAUACAAUCCCGUCGGCAUCUUCGCAUUCAGCAAACACGGCACCACCACCGGCUCAUUUAAGUUCACGUCCAUCAGUUGUUCCGUCGUCUUCAUCUCAACAUCAGCAGCCAGCCUACUAUUCGAAUUACGGUCAACAGUUUGGACAGCAAAUCCCGUCGCAGCAUUAUCAAUUCGAUCAAUCUAGUUCCUACUCGAGUGGCGGACAAAAUCAACAGUGGAAUCAGCAACAGUACUAUAGAUGAAUUCGAAUGUUCGUUGAGGAAAUACUCAGGCAAGAAACGGUUCAAUGUCAGAAGUAAUUGAGCCCAAGUAGAAUAAGACUAAGAAGAGUACUUAUUUCGAGUUUAUUCAUUUUGCAAUGUUGUAUAUACGUUGUUUUGGUUGCGUAUAUGUACAUGCUGUUUUUGAAUAAUUAUCCAUUUGUUAUUUUCAUUUCCUUGUGAGAAUGGAAGGGAGUAGAGAGAAUAAGUACUCAUGUACAGGAUUAGGUAGAGCUAAAGAUAGAUAUUAUGUAAAUAAGAUCAACAUGGACUUUUUAGAUUUAUCUUUUUUUUCUAAAUUAUAAUAUUGAAAUAUAUUAUUAAACGAAAA